CUCCUUAACACGUCAGUUGACGAGAUAGUACCUUGUUUCCAUCUUUCGAGCACUAUCUACGCUCCCAAACACCUGCGCCUGCUCUCCGCAGCCCGUUGCGACGUUGCACUCGCGUCUCCGGCCUGUGCGCUCUCUCCAGAGACCAUCCGAGCUUCGCUUCUCCCUCCCUCGCUCGUUGCGGCCAACUAUCCACUAUCCCCAGCUCCAUCCCCUCCGAACCAACGGCGCAUGAGAUAUCCCCAGAACGCUUGCUCAACCAAACUUCCUCAAAUACAAGAACUGCGCCAUGGCAUGGCAGUCGCCGUCAGCCAUGAACGCAGGCGGCGCGGUGGGCGGAGGAGACGGAAGUGCGCCACAGGGGACCGAAUACACGCUACAGGGUGUUAUGCGAUUUCUACAGCUGGAAUGGCACAAUCACGAACGAGCAAGGAAUGCUUGGGAUAUUGAACGUGCGGAAAUGAAGGCAAAGCUCGCAAAGCGAGAGGGCGAACUCAGAAGUGCGAAGAGACUGAACGACCAACUAAACAAGCAUAUCCGCAUGUUGGAACAGGCAUUGAUGAACGAGCGGGCAAAAAGCAAAGCCGGUUCGACAGGGGUCGAGGCCCAAACCGCAGCCGAAGACAAGAAGGAGAAAGGCAAGACCGCCCCUCGUGCCCCGAACAAACCUCACAACUCUUUCCUCGACGUUGACCCCGAGCUGUCCGAACGGGCUGAAGCCGAACGGGAUAGCCUCAAAGAGAAAUCGAAAUUAUAUCUCACGAAAUGCGUCGAAGAAAUCACAUACCUAUUGACGCCACCUGCUCAGCCUGCUCCACAACCAGCUAUGCAUAUUGGAAAUGGUUCCGGAUUCAUGAAUCAUAGAGACGCUUCUAUGGAGGAACUGUAUAUGCAUCAACACCGACAAAAACUGCAACCCCAAUUACCGACACUCCCAAACAACCACCCGCCGCCAAACAUGCAAACAAACGCCGAGCUCCAAAAUUUUGCCCAACAAGCACAGCAAUUCCAUCAAGCCCCGCAGAUGGCUCGGGAGCCUUCUGGUCACGCUCCUCUGCAGCAUACCGGCCCGGGGUCUGAAUUCUUUGGGCAGCAGCAACAGCAAGGACAGCAGCAACAACAACAGACACAGCCGUCACAGAGCUUCUCCUCGGUGCCUGAAGAGCAAGUAGAGAAGGUCACCCAUACCUUUGAUAAUCAUGGGCGUCAGAUACCAAACGUGGAAGAGAAAAAGUCGGGGAAUGUACCAGCGGCAGAGGAAGAUUCCGAAAGCUGGAAUUUCGAGGAGCCAAUAACGGAUAUACCCCAAGAAAUUCCCGCAUCGCGCAGACCUGACACCGAAGCAUUCCCGAGCGCCAACAAUAUCCCGUCAAAGUCCCCUCCUCGACAUGGCAAGCGUAAAACCAGUUUGGAUCUCAAUCGGAGGCGAUCGAGCCAAGGAGAAACUCGCGAGGCAACUGGUCAAAGCACUCGUUCCGACUCGCCAAACUUUAAGGUGAGGUUCGCUCUGCGAGGUCAUCUCGAUGUGGUCCGCUCCGUGAUCUUUACCGGGGGUGGAAGUCCUACGGAACCGGAAAUUUGCACUGCAGGUGAUGAUGGCAUGAUCAAAAGAUGGAUAAUUCCCGCAAGCUACGCAAAUCAGCAUAGUAUGAGCAAUGAUCUGGACAUCUCACCGUACUGGUCUCAUCGCGGCCACGAUGGUGUGGUGACUUCUCUUGCUGCAUGCCCUUCAUCUGCCUCGUUUGCCACUGGCGGUAGGGUAUCUGGCGAUGGGUGGAUAUUCUCUGGUGGGCAGGACGCCACUGUUCGUGUUUGGGAAAGAGGGCGGGUCGAUCCCAAAGCUACCCUCGACGGGCAUACCGAUGCUGUCUGGACAGUUUGUGUACUCCCCGCCACGUGCGCUUCCGUCUUUGGAUCCGAUUGUGGAAAUUAUGGUGGUCCAGAUCGUGUUUUACUAGCAUCUGGAUCCGCGGACGGUACUAUCAAGAUAUGGGCCGUAAGUGCGCCCCCGCAACUUGUGUCACCAUCAGUGGGAUCACGACGUGGUGUUGGUGGGAGCAGAAGACAUUCGGUUACAUCGGGAUCAAACUACCCGUCUUCACCACAACCCAGCGUCGCUACCACCACUCCAUUCCACUACAUGCUCGUACACACCAUCCAUCGAGCCACCCAUUCCUCACCCACUUGCAUAAGCCCUCUUUCUCCUAAUGGCGAGAGCUUUGUGGCUUCGUUUUCUGAUGCUUCCAUUCUCGUUUUUGACACAAGGACCGGCGAAGAAUUGAUAGGUAUGGCGAGCGCUGAAACGUACGAUGGAACGCCUGCCACUGGGGUGACAUCUGUGAUCACCACUUCUCAAAGUAUCGAGGGAGCGACUUCGCAAGAAUCUGGUCGGGGAUCUGAUGAGGAGGGUGCUGUCCAUGGCCCAACGGGUUCAAACAGUGGAGGCGGUGUUGAAGGCGUUAUCAUUAGCGGUCAUGAAGAUCAGCUCAUUCGAUUCUACGACGCAAACUCCGGUCAAUGCACAUAUAGCAUGCUCGCUCAUCCGUCGGCCAUAUCUUCACUAUCAAUCAGCAAAGACGGCCGUGAAGCCGUCUCAGCUGGUCAUGACGCCUCCAUCCGAUUCUGGUCUCUCGACAAACGUAUAUGUACACAGGAAAUCACAGCGCACCGUAUCAUGCGUGGCGAAGGCGUCUGCAGCGUUGUUUGGAGUCAAGAUGGCCGGUUGGUAGUAUCUGCGGGCGGCGAUGGCGUUGUCAAAGUCUUUGCACGAUGA